GUGGCGAUACGGAGCGAUACGGGGCGGUGUCUGGGCGGUGCUGGGGCGGUGCUGGAGCCCGGGAGUGGCCGUACGGAGCGAUACGGGGCGGUGUCUGGGCGGUGCUGGGGCGGAGGCGGCGGCGGCGGCGGCGGCGGCGGCGGAAGCGGCGGGGCCAGCGUUGCCGGGCGGAAGCGGCGGCGGUUGGUGUUUAAAGGCUCCGCGGCGGCAAAAGGGCGGCUGGUGGCGGCAAGGCGGGCCGAGCGCUCCCGGUUCUCUCCGCUCCGCCUCGGGAGUGGCCGCUCUUCCCGGCCCCGGCAGCGCCCGGGCGGAGCGGGGAGAUGGUCUCCAGAGCCGCUGAUCGGCUGCUGAUCGUCGUCUCCGUGCUGGAGGGGCGCUGUUUCCCAAAACGACCCAAGCACAUGCUUAUAGUUGAAGCCAAGUUAGAUGGUGAACAGUUGGCUACUGACCCUGUGGAGCAUACUGAUCAGCCAGAAUUUGCUACAGAAUUGGCCUGGGAACUUGAUAGGAAAGCACUUCAUCAGCACAGACUACAGCGUACACCUAUCAAACUCCAGUGUUUUGCACUGGAUCCUGUAUCUCCAGCUAAAGAGAAUAUAGGCUAUAUUGUACUGGAUCUGAGGGCUGCACCAGAAAAGAAACAGGCACCUAAAUGGUAUCCUUUGCUUAGUAACAAGUACCCUAAGUUUAAACCUGAAAUACAAAUUGGUGUUGCAUUGGAGACGGAUUCAAAAGCCCUAGCUGAUGAUUUUAAAGCAAAGGAGGCACCUCCUAGAGAAGGAAACGUGCUAACCCUUUUUCGUGGACUGGACCCUAAAAGUAUUGUGCCAGUCUUGAAUGAAGAAGAGGGCUAUCAUCAAAUUGGACCAGCAGAGUAUUGCAGAGAUCACUUUGUCUUGUCUGUAACCAUUGCAUUUGCCACACAGUUGGAACAGUUAGUUCCAAGUACUAUGAAGCUCCCUGAUCGACAACCUGAGUUUUUUUUCUACUACUCAUUACUGGGAAAUGAUGUCACAAAUGAACUUUUCACUGAUUUAAUUAAUCCAAACUUUGAGCCAGAAAGAGCUUCAGUUCGAAUACGUAGUACAGUAGAUGUUCUUCAAGUUUAUUUUUGUGCACAGUCAAAAUUGCAGAUCCAUCUUUGCUGUGGGGACCACUCUCUUGGAAGCACUGAAGUUCCCCUGUCUGGACUGCUGAAGAGAGGAAAUGUGGAGAUUGACCAACACCCUGUGGCAAUAGAAGGACCAUUUGUUCUUGUUCCACCAAAUAGAGCUAAAGAGAAACUGCCACAACUGCCUCUGGAUCUGGCUCCUACUGUUGGGGUAUCUGUAAUUCUUCAAAGGGAGAACUUGACUACCCAGCCUUUAAUUCCCUUAAAUGCUACAACUGAACCCAAGCAGCCACAGGAGAAAGUUCUUUCAUCUGUUAGUGGAAAAACAGAGAGCCAGCAGCAGAGAUCCCAAAAUGUCCCAUCUCAAGCUGACCAGCGUUCUUCAAAAGAAGAUGUAGCAACAGAGAGUGAAGUGGAAAGUCUUAAGUUUGAAAAAGGCACAAAACCAAGGAAAAGGGGGCUGGUGGCUGGCUGCCCUCAAGAGGUUAGCAGACAGUGUUUUGAAGAGCUUCCAGCUUUGAAAUCACAGAGCAGAGCAAAGUCACCUCUGACAGAUCUGCAAAAUCCCACUGAUAGAGGUCCAGUAGCAAUAUCUCAGCAUAACCCUGUGGGUGUGUCCAGUUCUUCUGAGCCUGUGUCAGCACAGAAAAUUGUCAUUCCAGCAGCCUCUCACCAUUUUUGCUUUUCAAUAGACUUAAGAAGUAUACGUGGUCUGGAAGUUGGAUUUCCAAUAAAUUGCAUUUUAAGGUACUCGUACCCAUUUUUUGGCAGUGCCGCACCUAUUAUGACAAGUCCACCUGUAGAAGUUAGAAAGAACAUGGAAGUCUUUCUUCCAAAGUCAUAUUGUGCAUUUGACUUUGCAACUAUACCUCAUCAGCUUCAAGAUACAUUCUUCAGAUUGCCUCUGCUGGUUGAAUUGUGGCACAAGGAUAAAACAGCCAAAGACUUACUUCUAGGAGUGGCAAGGCUUCAGCUUUCAAAUGUUUUGGCUUCAGAAAAAACCCGCUUCUUGGGUGGGAAUGGUGAACAAUGCUGGCGUCAGACUUGUAAUGAAACAGUCAGUUUCACAGCAGCACAAGGGUCAGGCAGCAGAAUAGCAGAGCUUUCGUACACCAUCACCUUGGAAGACUACGGACUUGUCAAAGUGCAAGAAGUUAUGGUGUCAGAUUCUUCUCAAGAUGUAGGUGCUGGUCAACAACUGCAUGUCUCUCACACUCAGCUUUGCUGUGCCCCAGAAGACCAUCCAGAACCUCGAGAAACUCUGGAAUACAAAGCAGCACUGGAGUUAGAAAUGUGGAAGGAAAUGCAAGAGGACAUUUUUGAAAAUCAGCUUAAAAAGAAGGAAAUGGUCCAUAUGCAAGCACUUGCAGAGGAAUGGAAGAAAAGAGACAGAGAGAGAGAGGCGUUAGUGAAGAAAAAGGUAGCAGAAUAUAAUAUUUUGGAAGGACAGCUUCAGAAAACCCUGAGGGCUCUGGAUAAGCGAGAGCGACAGCUUUUUAGUGCUGAAUCAGAGCUUCAAAGAGUAAAGAAGGAGCUGCAAGCAGAGCAUGAACGGAAUCUGCAGGUGCUUCAGGAUUCUGUGCGUCGAGCCAGGGAGGAAUGUGCACACCAGCUGGAGCUAGAAAGGUCAAAAAUCAAACAACUGGAAGAAGAUAAGCUUCGCUUACAUCAGCAGCUUUUUGAAGCAGAAAAUAAGCAUAAGACUUUGGAGAAGGAGUUCCUGCAAUACAAAGAACAGCAAAGUAGCAAACCAGAAAUCCAGCUACAAUCAGAAAUAAAUCUUCUCACUUUAGAAAAGGUUGAACUUGAAAGAAAGUUAGAGUCAGCUACCAAGUCAAAGCUUCACUACAAACAACAAUGGACGAGGGCUUUGAAAGAACUUGCAAGGUUAAAACAGCGUGAACAAGAAAAUGCAAUGGCUCACCUUAAAAAGCAGCAACAAGAGCUUGAGCACAUGAGGUUGCGGUAUUUGGCAGCAGAAGAGAAAGAGCUGGGGAAAACAGACCGACAAGAGCUGGAGGAUAUCAGAAAUGAACUUAACAGGCUAAAACAACAAGAAGAGGAGAGAAAGAAAUUGCAGGAUGCUAGAGAUAAUUCUGCUGGUAGAGUGGAUAGUAUUCAUUGUAGAAAACUAAAUGAGAAUACAGAUGAUUACCUCUCUCGUCUGAUAGAAGAGAGGGAUACCCUGCUGAGAACAGGAGUCUAUAAUCAUGAAGACCAUAUUGUGAGUGAACUUGAUCGUCAAAUCAGAGAGGCAAUUGCAAAAAGGAACAUCACUGUUUAAGAACAUGCAAAAAGUUCUAGAGCCAAAAUCUGAAUAGAGUGACUUUUAUAAGCCUAUAGUACUUUGUGAAAUAUAUAACAUCACGCUUUGUUUUGCACAUUAUGGUCAGCUCUCUUUGAAGUCAAUGUAAAUGCUUGCAACAUGUCAAGUUAAGCACAGUUGUAAGUUUUAUGGGGGCAAUUACUGUUUUUUAAUGUUUUUAUACUCAUAUGUGUAUAUAUAUAUAUAUAUAUAUAUGAUUGUAGGUGUGUAAAUAUAUUUAUCUUGUGUACCCUCUUCUGAGAUGUUUCCUACCUCUUUUUGUAUCCCCCUGACUAGGGUUAUUAGUAAUAUUUUUAAUAUUGAUUCUAAGAGGUUUUUAGUCAAUGUUGUUAUGAUUUCAUUCCAUUUUUAAAAAUAUCUUCAGCUAGACUAGGGCAAAUUGACAUCAGCUGUUUUCUCUGACGAAACCCUUAAUUCUGAGCGGAACUAAAACACUGACCCAUUUUACUAAAUGACAAAUAAUAAAUUUUUGCUUCUCUGACUGCAGCUAACAUAACUAAGUUAUGUAGUAAAUAAGAGAUAAGGUUUUGAGUGUGAGGGGGAAAAAUCAAUCCUUAUGAAACUGAAGCCGAAUCAGUUACUAACUAGCCUGAUUGUCCAGGGUUGCCCUAGCAGUUUUGCACAUGUCCUAGUAAGGCUAUACCCAGGAGGAUGAAGACCUUAUUCAGAAGUACACAUGCAUUCUUAUAUCAAUCCCUAAUGAGGAAAGAUACCUGAAGCCAUAAUUCUGAGCACAAGCAUAAAACAAGAUCUUUUCUAAGUCAAGGUGUUUUUUUUAAUCAGGAUGUAACCAAUUUCAAGUUACUUAAUAUGUGUUUCAAAACAUGUUCACUCAAUACCACUUAAAUUGUAUAUGAAGUUCUUGUUUGACAGUGUGCAAGGGAGAAAUCCAUAAUUAACUUUAGUUUGUCCAUAAUCACAAUUGAAAAACUUUUGUUUUCCAGCUUUCAUUCCAUUUCUGUUAGGUUUGUGUAGAUUUACCUAGUAACAGUAACUUAGAACCCUGUCCAUUCAACAGGCAUUCUUGUCUGUCCUGUAGUCACAACUACUUCCAUUUGAAUGUCAAGUAAAAAAUCAUCUUAUGAUUUAUUACUUUUAAAAUGAACGAAGAUACCUAUGGAAAAAUUAGUGGUUUAGGUUUUUGCAUAAAAUCAGUGAACUUUCAUAGAGAGGCUUGUAUACAUGUGACCUUCCAGUUUUGUGUGGUAUUAAUUAUAAAAUGGGAGGAGGGGUAUUUGUAUCUGGCUUUAGCUCUCCAUGCAUUGUUUGUCCUCCUCCUUACAAUGAGUGUAAGUCCUGCUAAAUAAACUAUUCAUUUAGACUCCUUAGAAAAGUUAUAAACAAGCUGUAUAAACAUUGAGAUCAUAUUCCCUGAGGAAUACUUAAAUACUUAUUAAUACCAGACUUUGUAAGAAAUGCUUUUUUAAAAGUAUUUUUCUAAGAGAUUGCUUAGAGAUCCCUCUCCACUAGCAAAGAAAAUACCACCCUCUUAAGUCCCAUAGAAAUCCAUGAAAUGCAAUUUUACAAUACUUUUUACAUCAUGGAGUGUGAUAUCACUGAUACAGGGUUAUAUGCAAUUAUUGUUAAUGAUGCAGGAAGCUUCUAUCUUGACAGGAAAACUCGUUCAUGGCUUUUUUUCUUCAAAUGCUUGCUCACUUGUGUAGUUUCUUCUCUAGACACUGGAGGGUGCCUGAGACUUAAAUAUUGCAAAGACAGUGUUGACUAAAUUUUCAUUACUGGUUGAUUUUUGAACUGGUAUUUUAUGAAUUUUCAGGUGUAUUAUUUUAUGAAAUAAAAUUAAAAUUCAAGUAAAUAUUAAGGACUUGGCAUUUAUUUUUUAACUAUGGAUUUGAGCAAGUUUUGUUUACUAUUUCCAGUCAUAUGACUGUCUUUAGUGCUUGAAUCUAUAAAAUAAAAAACUUGUUAAUGAAAGUUAAUUGUCACUUUUCAGUUUUUUAAUGAUUUUUUUAAUUGAGUCUCUUCUGUUGCAUGUAAAAAAAUUGCAAUCAUGUUGCUGUAUGUUUUAAAAAGAAACUUGAGUUUUCUUUCUCGCAAAUCAAAGUAAAAUGAAACAUAGAAUGCUUGUUUUUUAAAAACAUUUAUGAACUUAAUUUAAGCCAUUUUGGGUCCAUUUAGCCUUUUGAAAGAUCACAGCUUACAAGGUGCAAAGCAUAAAUUGUGUGAUUUUUAAAACUACUUACAUAGAAUGUUUUGUUUUAUAAUCAUUACUCUUAGUGUUCAUUGUUUGUAUUAGAAUGAGGAAAUUCUGGAUAAUUUAAGCUGUAUGUUUUAAUUUUUUUCCAGCACAAUUUGUCUCUACUUCAGUCUGAACUAGUCCAGAAGCAAAAUAUGUUUGUAGUAGAUAUGUAUAGCAGACAUGAGCUCAAUGUUACUGUCUUUCAAAGAAAAUUUUUAUGUUGGGUUCCAUUUGCCUUUUUAUUACUUCAAAGCCGUUUUAGAGCUUAUUCAGUGGAAAGACCAACAACCAUAUUUUAAUCAGAAAUGUCUCAAAAUUUGUAUCUCAAUCUCCAUUGCAUGAGAACAAAUGCAUGGAAUAAGAAGCUC